AUGCCCAGGCCGCGACGCCGGUGGACACAGGUCAAGUCUCGUUCUCGAAAGCCAAAAGCCGCCCAAGACGACGGUUGGUUCUCCAUCCGGGGUAUCCUUGACGAGAGGCCGGUCGAGGGAGGCGUAGAGUACCUCGUCGAUUGGGACGACAACCCCAAUACCGGUGAUGCUUACGAUCCCACCUGGAGUCGUGAAGUCACCGACGAAGCCAGAGAGGAGUGGGAGAGAGAAAAGGCAUCGACGGCAAGACGAGGCGCCCCGGAGGGUGACGGUCAGCCAGCCUUGCUCGACGGAUGCUGGCAGAACGGGCCACGUCGUCUCUUGAACCAAAGUCCUACCCCGACAGCGGAUGCCGGACCCCCCAUCCUGUCGAGAUCCCCAGGUAGCGAAGACCUCAACGAUCGUCCCCGCAAGGUCGCCAGGUUGCGACGCAGCGACGCCUCCUCCGAAGAGCCCGUGCCGUCCAUCGCCUCGCUCCCAUCCGUCGACCCUGUCGCCACACCCGUCAUCGGGAACCAAAGCCUUCCGCUCGACGUCGGAACGGAUUCCUGCUUGAAGAUACCCUUGGACGACGAGGAGUCACCCAUCGACGAGACCGAGUGCCUCGGCGCCGCGAGCACGCAGAGCAGCCACCUCUCGUCCCUGUCCGUGGCCGAGCAGGAGGCACAAGACGACAUUGUUACGUUUUCCUCCCAGAUCAGCCGACGUACCAUUCCUGAUUCGCAGGAACCUUCGGGCCAGAGCUGGUCCAAUUCAGGCCCAUCGCCGACUUCGUCGCAACCUCUCGCCUGCAGCCAGGAAGCUCUCGUUGGCGGGAGCGACGAGAGCCAAAGCCGCCAAGUCGUAGCAGACAUCCCGUCCCGACAACCUGCGGCUGAUUCGGAAUCUCUGCGUGUCGAGGGUCGGAAUCUGACGACGGCCACCGCAUCAGACUCGGAUACGAUACGCUCGCCAGGCCAGAUCGAUCAGCCAUCCGCGCCUGCGUCGUCGAACGAGCCGAUAUUUCAGACACAACCACCGACCGGUAGGGUCUCGAGCAUCCCCGAGUCGGCAUCCGAGAGCCGAGCAUCGAAUCACACAAGCCCUAGCGAGAUCAGAGCCACCCCUACCGAUCCUUUUGCCGAUAGUAUUCUGCUCUCGAGAGUCGAAGCUGAGCCGCCAGACGCCCAGAUUGUACGUCGGCACGACUUUGACCCCCUCAGGGACAUUUUGAUGAUGGAGAGCCAUUCUGCCGACGCGGCCCCGUCCGAGCCGCAAAUAUCGGCGUCUGAUGAGCUGAGCCAGCUGCUGAACCUGGGUCCGACGCUGCCCGGACCGGACUCCCCUCCGUCUCAAGUAGAAGGGCAUGGCCUUUUUGAUGGUGCCGCCGCCUCGAUGUCGAUGGCUCCAACUGCAUCCCCGCCGUCGGCCGCUGAAGCAUUGCAACGCAUCGUCGACGACGCUUUUGCGCCGUCCAAUGUCGCUCCGCCGGAAUCGCGGAUAUCCAUCGAGCCUCGCCAUGCUGAGCAACUAACCGUCUCACCGGCAGAGCAACCAACCGUCUCACCGGCAGAUAUCACGCACCAGGAUGGGCAGAGAAAGGGACCCCUCAUCCUGCUACAGUCUCCGCUACAUCAUGACCUCAUCUUAUCCGGCUUUCCCGGAGCUUCCGCCGGCCCCGUAUCGAUGGCUCAACCCCAUGCCGCGAGAGCGCCGAGUGAGGCUUCAGUCCGUAGUGCGUCAGGCCCUGCCGAGCUGGAGCACGUCGUCACGCUUCCCUUCCAAGCAAGCCUUCGGCCCCUCUACGACGAAACCCUUCUGGGGGACAAGCGGGCGGUGACGGAAUUUGGGCGAAUUUUCAACAGCAAAGUGUCCCUCGCACCGGAUGAAGCCCUCGUGAAGAAGAUUGAUCACCUGUUCAGUCGACUUCACAACAUUUGCGACUAUCCCCAGCACGUCGUCGCCACGUCCUUGGAGGCGUUACCCCCUAUGCAAAUGGCCAAGUACUCGUGUGAUGCGAACCCAAAGUUCAACUUUCUGUACGAGCUGCUGCAGAGCAUAAAAAGGAACACCAAGAUGUUGAUUGUCGCCCGCUCAGUCGAGCUACUCCGCCUCAUAUACACCUUGACGGAGGCGCUCGAGGUGGACUGUGUUUGCGAUGCUGUUGGCAAAUCAAAGAGCAGCUUCACCAACUCGGUCGCUUCGGUCAGGCUCAUCCUGCCUGACGUCGAUGUCGGCGCAUUCGACGCCGAUGUUGUCAUUGGAUUUGACCACUCAUUCGCCAGCUCGCGCGCCCGUAGCAUCUAUAGCGACGAUGAUCGUACCUAUAGUCCGGGCCCCAGCCUCGCGCCGGAAGGUAGGCGCGUCGGCCGCCCGCUCGUUCUCAUCCUUGCGACCAUACAUUCCAUCGAGCACAUCGAUCUCUCCGUGCCUGCCGACCUCGGUCGUUUAGAGCGAAAAAACGCGCUCUUGGCCGGAAUCGUGCAUGCUCGCAAGUUGAUGAGCGACCCGGACCGCGGAUACCUCGAGCCACACGAGGUUGCCCGCUGCUUUGCUGAGUAUAUCAAUGGGGAAGUCGAAGAUGUCGCGUGGAAGCCGGUUGCUGUUCCGGACGAGGUUCUCGAUGUUUACGACGGUUCUCAGACGCGGCCCCAUAUGACGAUUGCGGCCUCGCCCGACGUCGAUAAAGGCCGCAAACGAAAACUGGUGAGCCAUGGAUAUGCCGGCGUGUUUCAUUCCGAUGCUGACUUUCCGCAGCAGGACGACGUUCAAGACGAAGAUGCUAAGAAGAUCCGGCUGCUUCAGAUACAGGAGUCUACGGUCGAGACGAACGAGCCUCCCUUGAGCGAUGACAUCCAAGAGAUGCUGCAGAGGUUCAUGCCACAAGAAUCUGCGGAGAACCCGAUGCAGGCCCGAACCAAGGUUCCCGUGGUCAUGUUGCAAGCCUUGACGGAAAAGGCAAGUUCAUCUUCCUCCGUCAUGGGGCAGCGACUAACUGUCCCAGCUUGCCGAACUAGAACGCCAGCUGGCGGCCAAGGAUGCCGAGGCGGAAUACAAAGCGGUCAUUGCCGCACAAGAGACACGCAUCAAGGAAUACGAAGGAAGCACGGAAAAGAUCUACAAGGCUCACCGCCAAGCUCUCGAAGACCGGUCGCAUUUCGAAUCGGACUGCAAAAAAUUGCAGGGCAUGCUCGAAUCCGCCAAGGGCCAUGGGCAGCGGGACAAGGAGAGAGCCGACGGGAGGAUUGCCGAGCUCGAGGCUACCGUUGUCCGGUUGACGGCGGACGCGAGCGGCUCGGCCGAGGAAACACCGCUUGCCAAAUCGGAGCAGCUCCUCAGGGCGGCAGAGGACAAGGUCCAGAUGCUUCAGAAGCGGCUGGAGAACGCGCAGAACGAGGCGUCGUAUUCGCGAAGCAUGUACCAGGAGGCGUCCACCUCGGCCACGACGACGAGAGCGGAGAACAACGAGCUCAGGCAAACGUUGGAGGAUCUCGAGAAGAAAUCUUCGGACAACCUCGUGCGGGUGCACCAGAUCCAGGCCGAGAACGAGAGCGGCCAGCUGUUGGCGCAGAUCCGCCAGAUGAAGCAGUUGAUCGGGGACCGAGAGGCAGAGCUGGACCGUGUGCGCGAGGACUUGCGCCAGCUCCGAAACGGCCGGAGGGAGACUCGCCAGAGCAGCGUGCCGCGUAG